UGGAAAUUAUUUUAUUUAGAUGGUAAUUUAACAGAGGCGAGUGUCCUGUCCUUAGUUAGAAGAUUGUAGAUUGCUCUUAGCGGGAGAGGAAGUCGGUUAAAUGUCAAUCUGAAUCAUUAAAUGAUUUAGCAAAACAUUUUUUUUAAUAUAAAGUAACCCUUACGUUAACAACAACAAGAGUAUAAAGAAUAAAAUGCAUUUUUUUAUAGUAUACAGACACACUUUUUUUGUUCAAUACUGCUGUUUGUUGUUAUGACAUGAUUAGGAAUUAGUUAUUUGUUUCGGGAAUAGGGUAAAGUUUUACUUAGCGACGAUGACGUAAAGUUGGUUAAAAAACAAGAACGCUCUAAGUGACGCUACAAAGAAGACGCUUCGUGUAGAGCAGUACAAUAGACAUACGGAUUUACGGACAUAGCUGACAUCGGACGAUUCCCUUCUUGAUUAUUAAAUAUAUUUGUAAAACAACAUCAGCGUCGACUACAUAUUUUGAUUGUUUCGGCCUUUCGCCGGUGUUACUGAAGUAGUUCGAGUUCAGCGUUACUUCCAGUCAGACGUAAAUCUACACGAGUUAUAUUUCAAAGAAUCAACACCGCGCGGAAGCCUUAACAUUGUCAGCAAAUAGAUCUUACGAAACAUAACGUAUCCUUCCCUUUUAUGGGUAUUUACAGUUCUCCUAUACAAUACACACAGAUAAAUGGUUAACUAGUAAACCCAAUAUGUAACUUCUUUUCAAUGGGUUUUCAUUUUAACACUUUGAAAUGACAACAAAAAAAAAUAUUUACAUAACAUAACGUCAACAGUAGGGUGAACAUGGUUAAAAUUAGCACAUGAACGAUCUAGACAAGGAAGUAACAGGCCUACAUUUAAAAGGGCUUACAUUAUAAAUGUAUAUUGAAAAAGAUCUUUUAAGAUUGAAUAAAAAUAGUUAUGUCAUAAAUAAAAUUCAUAGCAUAGUAUUGGAUAGGCAUUUUUUAAUAAAGUUUUUAGUUCUUAAAAAUUAUAAACUUUUACUUCUAUCGGAAUUGUGCAGAAAAUGGACCAAAAACUGCAAGAAAGCUCGCCGGAAGAUGAAAAAGAUAAAAUCACAAAACUUGAAGAUUUAGCAUUGUUGAUGGAAAAAGAAUUGCAAUCAUUUGAAGCGAGUGUUUCUAAAGACAAGUCGGAAUCUCAUAACGAAUCAAGUCUGGAUAUUUCAAAACAUUCAGAGAACGUACUGGAAGAAGUCGAUUUUCUCAUAAUGGGAAAGGCAGGAAGCGGUAAAAGCUCCCUUGGGAAUUCAAUAAUGAGGAAAGUUGUUUUUCAAUAUGGAUCUUCUUUCAUGACUUAUGGAGACCUAUAUGAACAGGAAAGCUGCACUGAUUUUCUUGAUUGGGUUUCUGAACAGAAAAGCGGCGUCUUCCGAGAAUUCCUAGAAGAGUGUGAAAACAGAAUAGUCAUAUUCAAUAAUAAAACUUCUGACAAAGAAAGACAAGAAGGACAGCUAAUGAAGUUGUUAAAUAUUGUCAAGACUUUAAAAUUACAAAAUUGUCGCUACGCGGAUGAACAUUAUUUUACUGGAAAAACCAAUAGAGAUUAUUUAACGGUAGAAGCCCAGAAAGACUUCAUUGAAAAAGAGGCAAUGGAAGGAGCCAAUUUUAUAAAUGAGACACUGAAAAUUCUACUAGGAAGCCGAGGAUCAGAUAGAGAUAUUUUACUGUUUAAUGAUAUGCUAAAUAAAGCUAAUCACUUACAGAAAUUUAUUCAAGACAAAGACAAAGGCACUGGGGUUCUGGGCUCAGUUUCCCAUUAUGUUUCUUCUAUAAUAUCUUCCAUUGAAAAUGAGCUUCAAAUCUAUAACAGAAUAACCGAAGAAAAGGAAAAAUUUAAAUUAAAAGUAAAAUUAGAAGCAGCCGAAAAUUGCUUAAAACUUCAGAAAAUUCGAGAGGAAUAUGAACAUAAAAUUAAAAAGGAUAAACGGCUAGAAGCUCUAAAGAUGGAAAAACUUCAAGAUCAGAUUAAACGUAUGGAAGAUUUAAAGCGAUCGUGGCGGAGGGAGAUGAAUAAUCUCGAAAGAAAACAUAGUAUUGAGAGGUCAGCUUCUAAUCAGCAGUAUCAGUUCUUGGCAAAACAGUUUGAUGAAAUAAAAUCAUUGUACGAAAAACAAUCGCGCAAGGAACAACCAGAGAAACUCACUUUCAAAGAAAAAAGACAAAUGAUCAAAGAUCUACUCUCAGGAUUACUUACAGAGAGAACAAAUAUGUUCGUCAGAAAUAAUUUCAUACACCACGACGUAUCGACGCCGAAGUCAAAUCCUGUUCAACAAAGCUUCAGAGAUAAUGCAAAGGAGACAAAGGUCACGACUUUAUCUAACACAAUUACAAUUCCAACUGAAAAACACGACGGACAAAGCAACACAAACGUUUUAAGUGAACCUGGACAGUAUGUAACUGCACAUGAAGAUAGUGUAAAAGAAAUGUCUACGCUUGCACCACAAAACAUUACCAACCCCAACCCAUUUGCCACGACUGCUAUAGAACCUUUUGAAAGCGAAAGAAAUUUAGAUGACUAUCAAAGUAAAGCGACUGAAGUAACGACAACUGUUCCAGAGACCGAGAAUUCCUGCAGAAGUGAUUUAUUAAAAUGUAAAGACAGUCACCAGCAUGAGAAAAACCCAUUUGGUUUGCUUGAAGUCGAGAAUCUUGUCCCUUCCAACGACAGAUCAAAUAACGUCUUAGGCUCCAACAAGAAAGACUUUGACAAAGAAAACGUCAAGAUCAGUGAUCAGCUUAGGCCUAUUCCAGCCGAGGACAGCAGCUUGCCUAAGGAGGAGCACAUUCCAAAUAAGAAUAAUGUAACAGACAAAAAUCAAAGUUAUGAUUCCAAUGAAAUUAUGAAAACUAAAAAUAAUUCUGAAAGAAUUAAGGAAGGUAGCCCAGUCCAAAUAGAUCUACUUUUAAUUGGGAAAACUGGCAACGGAAAAAGCGCUUUGGGUAAUUCUAUUCUGAACAGAAAAGUUUUUCGUAGUGAUAAUAGCACAAGUUCCGUCACUAAGAUUGUUCAAAAGGAGACUAGUGAGGUCAGCGGCAGAAUUGUAACUGUGGUAGAUGGACCUGGAGUUGGAGAUACGGAAAUAAUAGCUGAACAUGGUCCGGACUUGGUCAUUGAAGCUUUAUCAAGUGCAGUCGCAGAAAAUCCCAGAGGAUUCCACGCAUUUCUAAUAGUUUUGAGAUAUGGAGUAAGAUUUACCUUAGAAGAACAGAAAACAAUUAUCUUUUUGAAAUUAAUAUUAGGUAAAAAUGUUUUUAGGAAAUUUGGUAUUCUUGUCAUGACUUGUGGCGACCUGUUAGAAAAAGAAACGGAUUUCCAGAAAUGGGUAUUACGACAAAUGGGAUAUUAUAAAGAUCUUGUUAGAGAAUGCAAAAACAGAAUAAUCUUAUUUGACAAUAAAACUAAAGAUAAAGCAAAAAAAGAAAGACAAUUUAAUGAGCUUAUGAAAAUAAUUGAUCAUCUUAUAAUGGAAAACUGUCGGUAUUCAAAUGAAGAGUUUGAACUGGCUCGAUCAAUACGUCACGAAAUCAUCUUAGAAUCUAAGAAGCCGGUCAUAGCUGAAGAGACGAUGCUUGAGGCCAAUCUAAUAAUGCAGGGAAUUGCAAGCCAUCAGGAUAAAUUUGAUGACGAUUCAAUCAUGCAACUAAAAGGGCUUUUAGCAAGAGCUAUGGCAUUACAUGAAAAUCUUCUUGCGAAUGAUAACAGAACAGGUCUAUUGACAGACUUGAUAUCACACGUAGAAACGGUGAAGAAUACAAUUGUAAUUCAAAUACAGGUGUCAGAAAAGCUAGUCGACAUACAUAAAAGAAUGGAGGAAAAAGAAUUACAGUUACAGCGUAAACAUGCGCAAGACGUAAUGACUUUAAAGAAUGAGCUUAAUGAACUCUAUCUAGAACAGAAAGCAGAAGAGAAUAGAAAACACAUGGUUAUGGAAGAAAAAUUGCAAAAAGAAAUAGAAGAGUGUGAAGCCAAGAAUAAAUCUCUGGCAAACGAGAACGGCAGAUUGUUUCAGCGGUUAAAAGACAUAGAAAUCUCAAACCGAAAAAAUUUUUUGUCUAAGCUUCAAUCUAAAAUCUCCAAUGCAUUUAAAAGAAAAAUAAAAGAAAAACAACUGAAAAGUCAGACGGAAUUUUAUAAGAAAAUGGAUUCCGAUGAUGAACAAGACGACGAGAAGAGUUUGCGUGACACCUAGACGGACCCUAUGGGCCAGGCAUUCUCAUGAAUUGCGUCACACAGCAACGUCAUUUCAAAGAAUAACAUCAAAUAACAACACUAUAAGACCAUUUAUUAUGUUUCGUUAUAAACAAUUAUUGCUACAAUUGAAUGAAUUUUAAUGAUAUUUUGUGAAUUUAUAUGUGGAUCAAUUUAUAUCUCUGUCGAUAUAUGUUUCUGUCAUUACAUAUCUAUAUAAA